AUGGCAUCGAAAAACUCUGAAGACGACCCCCAAAGCGACCCUUCCAGCGUUCUCCUCUUGAACUACCAUCCCGAUAUUCUAGCUAUUCAGAAUCCCAAGAUCUAUCGCGGCAACGACGCCGAGCCUGGCACUAUGGAAAGCCGUCGCGUUCUCUUCUACAACCUCCCGCCGUCCACUACCGCCUUGCAAGUCGCGCGAGCCUCGGCGGCUUUUGGCCAGGUGCUCUUCGUCUUCGCCGGGGAGCCAACCACGAUGAUGGUUGAGUUUGCGGACCCUCAGUCGUCGACCAUGUGCCAGCAGGCGGUCAGGUCGACCUCUCCAGGUUUUAUUUUGCAGAAGCAUGGGUUACCAAGAAUCCAAAUCUGGGUUGUGUCUACUCCAUCGUACACCAUCAACGGCAUCAUCGACGGUGCGCUGCAAAACGGCUACACACGGACGAUUCAUAUUUCGCCGAUUGCCGCGGACCGGGUCUGGUUCUUGAUCUGUGCAAUUGCAGACAGUCGAGACGUCUUAGAUUCCAUAUACGAUGGAACUACUAGGAUGCUGGUCCUGGAGUUUGCGAGCCUGUUUUCUGCGCGCUGCGCAGUGACACAACUGAGCAGCGGCAGCUUCAACUUUGUUUUCAAGGAUGAAAUUGGCGAUUUGGAGCUUAAAAUCGGCGCAGAUCAAGUUGACCACAGAGGGAAUAUGACAUUGCCCCCAAACGAUGUGCGGCAGCAAUUCAAUCGUCGGCCGUUCAACGGAUACUGGCCGGAGAGAUACUACUAUGCGAUGGUAGCGCGCCACCUGCAACCUCGCGACAGUAAUAAGGAGCGAGACAGUUCGGCAUCUGAUGAAGCAGAUACAGACGAUGACUCGAUGGAUACCGUGUCAACCACGAGUACGAUUGUCGAGGACGAACCUCGAGGAAGACUUCCUUUCCCAAAAUAUGGCUCGAGAGCUAAGAAACACGAGAGACAGCCAAGGGAGCUGCUCGACAGUGUUGAGGAAGACCAGUUGCCCGGAGCCUGGGACGGGUACUUCCAGAAUAGCCACACCAUCCGCCUGCGACGAUGUUCCACCUACGGAAAGAUUGCCCAGCACCGGAGGGAGCUGGCCGCGCAGCAAGGCCUCACCGAAGGCAUUGUUCCCCAGUGCGACGAGAGCUGCGAGCUUGGCUGCAAGGGUCUGAAGGACACGCCUCGUCCCUAUGCGGUCGAUGCAUUCUUUGCUAUGGCGCCAGAGGAUCUGAUUAUUGAGUUCUGA